AUGGAGAAAUUUGUUGAUCUUAGAAACCAUAGUAGAGGGCUUGAUCUGCUUCAGACCUAUGAGUACAUUGAUCUCAGCAAUCUUUGGCGUUGCCAGUUCCUUUUCAUCUUCUUUAAUCAUGAAUUGAUGUGUUUUGGGGCUGUGACUGGACUUUGUGCUUGCAUUUGCCGGAGUUUGUAUCCCACCAUUGCCACAGGCAUUCUCCAUCUCCUUGCAGGUGAGUCUUGCAUUAUACAUUGUACGCUGGACUCAGUGAGUUGUUAUGUUGCUGGAAUUGAGCUACUCCACCAGAAGCUAGAGCUCCCUGAGAAGGUGUCUGGUGAAUUUGGAUGGUUGUUCUGCCUGGCUUGCAUCUCAACUCCCUGA